GAGAUGACUUCAGACAAAACCCUUCAGAUGUAAUGGUGGCAGUAGGAGAACCUGCAGUGAUGGAAUGCCAGCCUCCACGAGGCCAUCCAGAACCUACUAUUUCAUGGAAAAAAGAUGGAUCACCAUUGGAUGACAGAGAUGAAAGAAUUACCAUCCGAGGAGGGAAGCUCAUGAUUACAUAUACACGUAAGAGUGACGCUGGCAAAUAUGUUUGUGUUGGAACAAAUAUGGUGGGAGAAAGAGAGAGCGAAGUAGCAGAACUGACUGUUUUAGAGAGACCAUCAUUUGUGAAGAGACCUAGUAACUUGGCAGUAACUGUGGAUGACAGUGCAGAGUUUAAAUGUGAAGCCCGAGGUGACCCUGUACCUACAGUAAGAUGGAGAAAAGAUGAUGGAGAGCUUCCCAAAUCCAGAUAUGAAAUCCGAGAUGAUCAUACGUUGAAAAUCCGGAAGGUAGUGGCAGGAGAUAUGGGAUCAUACACAUGUGUUGCAGAAAAUAUGGUUGGGAAAGCUGAAGCAUCAGCAACUCUAACAGUUCAAGUUGAGUCUGAACCUCCACACUUUGUUGUGAAACCCCGUGACCAGGUUGCUGCAUUGGGACGGACUGUGACUUUCCAGUGUGAGGCCACUGGAAACCCUCAACCAGCCAUUUUUUGGAGGAGAGAAGGAAGUCAGAACCUGCUUUUCUCAUACCAUCCUCCACAAUCUUCUAGCCGGUUUUCUGUCUCUCAAACUGGUGAUCUCACUAUCACAAAUGUCCAGCGAUCUGAUGUAGGGUAUUAUAUCUGCCAGACUUUGAAUGUUGCAGGAAGCAUCAUCACAAAAGCCUAUUUGGAAGUUACUGAUGUGAUUGCAGACCGGCCUCCCCCAGUCAUCAGACAGGGUCCUGGGAAUCAGACUGUAGCAGUGGAUGGUACUUUAGUCCUCAGCUGUGUGGCCACAGGCAGUCCGGUGCCCACAAUUCUAUGGAGAAAGGAUGGAGUCCUUGUCUCCACCCAGGAUUCUCGCAUCAAACAACUAGAAACAGGAGCACUACAGAUCCGAUAUGCCAAGCUGGGUGACACUGGUCGGUACACCUGUGUUGCAUCAACUCCUAGUGGUGAAGCAACAUGGAGUGCAUACAUUGAAGUUCAAGAAUUUGGAGUUCCAGUUCAGCCUCCGAGACCCACUGACCCAAAUUUAAUCCCAAGUGCCCCAUCAAAACCUGAAGUCACAGAUGUCAGCAGAAAUACAGUAACAUUGUCAUGGCAACCAAAUUUGAAUUCAGGUGCAACGCCAACAUCUUAUAUCAUAGAAGCCUUCAGCCAUGCAUCUGGUAGCAGCUGGCAAACUGUAGCAGAAAAUGUGAAGACAGAAACAUUUGCCACUAAAGGACUAAAACCUAAUGCAAUUUACCUUUUCCUUGUGAGAGCUGCUAAUGCAUAUGGUCUUAGCGAUCCGAGUCAAAUAUCAGAUCCAGUGAAAACACAAGAUGUUCCACCAACGAGUCAAGGUGUGGAUCACAAGCAGGUCCAGAGAGAACUGGGAAAUGUUGUUUUACACCUUCAUAAUCCCACCAUCCUUUCUUCUUCUUCAAUUGAAGUUCAUUGGACGGUGGACCAACAAUCUCAGUAUAUUCAAGGAUAUAAAAUUCUCUAUAGGCCUUCUGGUGCUAGCCAUGGAGACUCCGAGUGGCUAAUUUUUGAAGUUAGAACUCCAACAAAAAAUAGCAUUGUUAUCCCAGAACUCAAAAAGGGAGUAAACUAUGAAAUUAAGGCUCGGCCUUUCUUUAAUGAAUUUCAAGGAGCAGAUAGUGAAAUCAAAUUUGCAAAAACCCUGGAAGAAGCGCCAAGUGCUCCACCCCAGAGUGUAACAAUAUCAAAGAAUGAUGGAAAUGGAACUGCAAUUCUAGUAACUUGGCAGCCACCCCCAGAAGAUACACAAAAUGGAAUGGUCCAGGAGUAUAAGGUUUGGUGCCUGGGCAAUGAAAGUCGAUACCACAUAAACAAGACAGUGGAUGGUUCUACCUUUUCUGUAAUCAUUCCAUCUCUAGUUCCCGGUAUUCGAUACAGUGUGGAAGUAGCAGCCAGUACAGGAGCAGGAUCUGGUGUGAAAAGUGAGCCACAAUUCAUUCAGUUAGACUCCUAUGGGAAUCCCGUGUCACCAGAAGAUCAAGUCAGUCUUGCUCAGCAGAUUUCUGAUGUUGUGAAGCAGCCAGCAUUCAUAGCAGGUAUUGGGGCUGCCUGUUGGAUAAUCCUUAUGGUCUUCAGCAUCUGGUUGUAUCGUCACCGGAAGAAGAGAAAUGGACUCACUAGUACUUAUGCUGGUAUCAGAAAAGUCCCGUCUUUUACCUUCACACCAACAGUAACUUAUCAGAGAGGAGGCGAAGCAGUGAGCAGUGGAGGCAGGCCAGGACUUCUCAAUAUCAAUGAACCUGUCACUCAACCAUGGCUAGCAGAUACUUGGCCCAAUACUGGAAAUAAUCACAAUGACUGCUCAAUCAACUGUUGUACAGCAAGCAACGGAAACAGUGACAGCAACCUGACUACGUAUAGCCGCCCAGCUGAUUGUAUAGCAAAUUACAACAACCAGCUGGAUAACAAACAAACAAAUCUGAUGCUGCCUGAGCCUACCGUGUAUGGUGACGUGGACCUGAGCAACAAGAUCAAUGAAAUGAAAACCUUCAAUAGUCCCAACCUGAAGGAUGGCCGAUUUGUUAAUGCGUCAGGGCAGCCCACUCCUUACGCCACCACUCAGCUCAUCCAGUCAAACAUCAGCAGCAGCAUUAACAAUGGCAGUGGAGAUUCCAAUGAGAAACCCUGGAAACCCUCUAGUCAGCCAAAGCAGGAAGUGGCACCUAUUCAGUAUAACAUUAUGGAGCAAAACAAAUUAAACAAAGAUUACCGAACGAAUGAUACCAUCCCACCAACUAUUCCAUACAAUCAGUCUUAUGACCAAAAUACAGGCGGCUCCUAUAACAGUUCAGAUCGAGGCAGCAGUACAUCUGGGAGUCAAGGGCACAAAAAAGGGGCACGAACACCCAAGUUACCAAAACAGACGGGUAUGAACUGGGCAGACUUACUUCCACCUCCCCCAGCACAUCCUCCUCCCCAUAGCAAUAGUGAAGAUUACAGUCUUUCUGUAGAUGAGAGCUAUGACCAAGAAAUUCCAUGUCCAGUGCCACCAGCAAGGAUGUAUUUACAACAAGAUGAGCUAGAAGAAGAAGAUGAACGAGGCCCCACCCCACCAGUACGAGGAGCAGCUUCAUCUCCAGCAGCGGUAUCCUAUAGCCAUCAAUCUACUGCCACACUCACACCCUCACCCCAAGAAGAACUUCAGCCUAUGUUACAAGAUUGCCCGGAGGACAUUGGCCACAUGCAACACCAGCCAGACAGAAGACGUCAGCCUGUGAGUCCUCCUCCACCACCAAGGCCAAUUUCUCCACCACAUACCUACGGUUACAUUUCUGGACCCCUUGUCUCAGAUAUGGAUACUGAUGUACCCGAAGAAGAUGAAGCUGACAUGGAAGUGGCCAAAAUGCAAACCAGAAGGCUUCUUUUACGUGGGCUUGAACAGACCCCUGCUUCCAGUGUCGGGGAUUUGGAAAGCUCUGUAACUGGCUCCAUGAUAAACGGCUGGGGUUCGGCCUCAGAAGAAGAUAACAUUUCAAGUGGACGUUCCAGUGUUAGUUCUUCUGAUGGCUCAUUUUUUACUGAUGCAGAUUUUGCACAGGCUGUUGCAGCGGCAGCUGAAUAUGCCGGUCUUAAGGUAGCAAGACGUCAAAUGCAGGAUGCUGCGGGCCGCAGGCAUUUUCACGCAUCACACUGCCCUAGACCCACCAGCCCUGUAUCUACAGACAGUAACAUGAGUGCUGCUGUAAUACAGAAGGUCCGACCAGCCAAGAAACAAAAACACCAGCCAGGACAUCUGCGCAGAGAAGUCUACACAGAUGAUCUUCCCCCUCCUCCAGUGCCGCCACCUGCUAUAAAAUCUCCCACUGUCCAAUCCAAGGGACAGCUAGAGGUUCGACCCGUAAUGUUGCCAAAACUCCCCAAUGUAGAAGCAAGAGCAGACAGAUCAUCAGAAAGAAAAGGCGGUAGCUACAAAGGGAGAGAAGCAUCGGAUGGAAGACAAGUUUCUGAAAUGAGGACAAAUCCAGGAGAUCAUAGAGAUUCGCAAGAACUGCAAGGUGACGCAAAAGCACGAGGAAACAAGGUGUCAAAGAGAGAAGUUCCACCAGCAAAAACCCAUCUUGUCCAAGAAGAUAUUCUGCCAUACUGUAGACCUACAUUUCCAACAUCAAAUAAUCCCAGAGAUCCAAGUUCUUCAAGCUCAAUGUCAUCUAGAGGUUCAGGAAGGCAAAGAGAUCAGGCAAAUGUAGGUCGAAGGAAUAUUGCCGAGAUGCAAGUGCUUGGAGCAUAUGAAAAGGAGGUGGACAAUGAAGAAUUAGAGGAAACUGAAAGCUGAAGAAGUUGAGAUGCUUUUAACAGGCUUAUAUCAUCUAAUGUGAAAAUUAUCACUCAAGAAGCCUAUUGUCUGAUGACAUAUGACACCAGAAAUUAUGUUCAGUGCAAUCAGAGUGUACAAAUUUUCAUUUAUUCCUCUCCUCUGAAUAUCAUUUUUAAAAGUUCUGUUGGGAGUUUUAUUGCUGUGAUCUAAUAUCUUUCCCUAUAAAAAGCCUCUUAUUUUCCCUCCAUGUGUCCCCAAACCUUUAUACCUUAUCCCCAGCAAGGGAAGAAUUUACCUGUGGAGUAUAGUGGAAUUUAAGCUCCAAAGUUGGUCAAAGUGUUGAAGGUGGCGACAUGUGCAUCUUGGGUACCUUCUCCCAGAAGAUGCUACUUAGAUUCACUCAUUUCUUAUAUACCAAGUAUGGUACAUCAUUGAUAAAGGACACAAAGUUGCAUACAGUCAACUUUCAUGAAAGGGCUUAUCUAAUACAGUAUUUUUUUCUCUAUAAUUCACUGUUAAUGCAGAUUAUAACAUGAAAAAGAUUUUGGUUAUUUUUUCUUCCCCAUACAGGUUUUUUUUUAAAUCUGCCCCUCAUCUCACCCUUUGCUGAAUUGGGGAGGGGAGGGAAACUAGGGAGGGAGACAUUGGGGGAUGUGAGGUAAAUGCAAAACUACAAGAAAAUUGGGAUGGGAGGAACAAUAUUGUAAAUAUAUAUUCUUUUCGACCCCUGUUGGUACUUUAUUUUUGUCUUCCUUUCAGUCAUUGAAGUACAUUCUUUAAAAAGAAAAAAAACAACAUCCUUUUGGAUAGAUAGGUUUAAAGCCAAUUGGAUCUCUGGUUGUCUAGUCAUUGUCAUAAGUAAGUCUAGCAAAAACCUUGUUCUAUUUUUCAAUUAAAAACAAUUAUAAAUACAUAUUAAAAACAAAUAGAUGGUUUUUAAUGACCAAUUGAGUAAGGGCACCAUCUUAACUGGCAAAAAUUUCUUCUGGAAGUGUCAGUUCACCUUACAGAAGUGCCACUUAAAGAAGUUUGAUUUUUUUUUUUUUUGGUAAUGCACUGUUUUUUUAUCUUUUUUUUUUGGUUUUAAAAGCACAAUCACUAAACUUUAUUUGUAAACCAUUGUAACUAUUAACCUUUUUUGUCUUAUUGAAAAAAUGUUCAGAAGUUUUUCUUCAUCUUUUUAUUAAUGCUGUUUGUAUUUGGAAUAUUUGAAUGAUGACAGAUGGUAAAGUAACUUACAUACUUAUUUGUGGACCAUAGGCAGAACAUUUCUCACUUUUCCUGGAGUUCUGGAAAAUUUGCAAGUUUAAUGUAGCAAAACUUACAGGAUUUUCAUAUAAGCUCAAAUAGAGGCAUUGAUUGUUUAGAAUUGCCAAAUGAUGCCCUCUGUCUGUAGUUUUUUAUGAUCUUUUUUUGUUAUUAUAUAAAUUUCCUUAAUUUUGUCAUUGGUGCUAAUUGAAAAAAAAUGUGUGUUUUCAUGGACAACUAUCAGAACUAGCCCCAUUGAAAUAAAUUUUUUUUUAAAGUUUGGUAUGUACCAAAAACUAAAAGUGUUCAUUUAGGUAAUUUUUAAAAAGUUACAUAGAACGGCUGUGCAGUACUAAGGGAACAAUCCAUGUGAUUAAUGUUUUCAUUAUGUUCAUGUAAGAACUUCUUAUUUUUUAGCCAUAAUUUUGCAUACUGAGGAUCCAAUAAUCAGAAAAAUAAUUUUUGUCACAUUAUUUAUUAAAAAUGUUCUCAAAUA